CGUAGCAGGGAGACAACAUGGCGAGCGGCAGCGGAGUGACCAUGGAUGGAGGAGACAUGAUGCGAUAUGCUGAAUACACUCCAAAAACAACGGCAAGGAGCGACGCAGAGAUAGACAGACGGCUGGGAGGAACUCUGAUCGCAGUCGGUCUUGGUGUGGCUGCUGCAGGUUUUGCAGGCCGCUAUGCAUUCCAGCUGUGGAAGCCUCUUGGACAAGUCUUCUCCGAAACUGUCAAGAAGAUGCCCACAUCAGCUUUCUCGUCGUAUUACAAAGGAGGUUUUGAGCAGAAGAUGUCCAAACGAGAGGCCAGCCUCAUUCUUGGCAUCAGCCCAGUCAGCACUAAGGCCAAGGUACGUGAUGCCCAUCGAAGGAUCAUGGUCCUGAACCAUCCAGAUAAAGGUGGGUCACCGUAUCUCGCUGCUAAGAUCAAUGAGGCCAAAGACCUUUUGGACAAGGACAUCCGGCGAUAACCUGCACUGUUCACAAACACUUUAAAGACUUCCAUGACUUGGUGCAUAAUCGCAGCUCUGUUGUACUGCUCCAUCAAUAAUGAAAUCAACACCAGACCUGGACCUCCACUCCGGCUCCUGGAAGAUGACAGAAAAAUAUAUAUCAUGACAGUGUCCGUCUUUAGCUGGUUACAUAACUUACCUCAAACUGUAUUUGUCAGUCUUCAGAACAUAUAAACAUGUAUUUUCAUGAGUAGGGAAUGUUGUACGGUUGGCCUCUAGUGGUAACUGUUGUACAAAAAGAGGACAGUACUGCUGCUGGGUGUAACUUUUUGGAAUGAGUAUGCAUAUGUCAGCAUGUAAGUUAUUGCAUAGUGAUGUAAUCUAUUUAAUUAGAAUAAUAAAUUCUAAUGUUUCCAUGUUUAACAGUCACUACGGUCAUGGUGAAAAUAGAUUUUUUUUUUUUUUUUUUUUUAAAUACACUGUUUAAAAAUAGAGUUGUGUGUUUCUAUUAAAAUGAGUGACUGGGGGAGAGAGAAUGUCUCACUCUGUAAGAUUUAUUGGUAUUUUAAACCUCAGUGUGAUUUUAAAGUUACGCUUUUAAAAUGUUAACAGUGAGGAGUGUUGCCUGCAGCAGCUGACUGACAGAGCAGGUCUUAUGAUUCAGGAGUCCUGUGUCUAACUUCUCUCAGACUGAGGAGCUAGUUUUAGCACUGAAAGGCUUUGAAUUAUUAUUGGAUAAAAAAAAAAACUUAGGAGUCUUAAAGUUAGGACUGAUGCUUGUUAUUUUCAGAAGUUUCUGCUUACUGAGUGAGUUUGGAGCUAA